UAAUCCAGAGCCGCUGGCAUAAUCUCUUGAGCAGAAGUGUUAUGGAGGCGAAAUGUGCCUGCAAAGGCGUGAGAACCUGUCUCUUUUGUGAAAACUUCAGGGCACCUAGCAAACACGCGAUUUCAAAAUCUAAAGUACGACAUCCUUUUGUAUUUUGCCCUCUAUGUGAACUCUGUUGGCCAGGAUGGAGAGAGAACCCGACCACCGGGCUCGACGGAGUACCACUGCGAGUGCCGGGGAUCGCGGUGUACGAAGAUUUCCUCACACCCGAAGAAGAAAAGGACCUCGUAGAAGACAUCGACCGUGGAACCUGGGUCAUGUCUCAGUCGGGAAGACGCAAGCAAGACUACGGGCCCAAAGUGAAUUUUAAAAAGAAGAAGGUGAAAGCAGAUGGCUUCAAAGGAUUGCCCAGAUACUUCACCCAUUUGGAAGACAAGAUGCUUCAAACACGCUGCAUAUCAGACUUUAGAGCUGUUGAAUUGUGCAAUUUGGACUACGAGCCCGAUAGAGGAUCGUGUAUUGACCCACACUACGAUGACUGGUGGCUGUGGGGAUCGAGAUUAGUGACCUUCAACUUGCUUUCGGACACGGUGCUCACAUUGUCGAAGUCUGAAGAACAUUGGAAGCUGGCGAAUGAAAAUUUGAUUGUUGAAAGUGAUACGAUAUUUAAUGAUGCAGAGCAAGAAGUUUGCGAACGUACCGCUCAUUCCGCGAACUGUGAUCAGUGGAGUAAGGAAUACAAAGAUAGGGUUUCAGUCACAAAUCCACCGCGGUUAUCGGUGGUACAGAUUGUCUUGCCGCGCAGAUCCAUGCUUGUCUUGUGGGAUGAUGCAAGAUACAAAUGGCAUCACUCGAUUUUACGGGAAGAUGUGGAAAAGAGACGAAUGGCGCUCACAGUGAGAGAACUUUCUGAAGAGUUUUUAGAGGAUGGGGCAUCGUACGGGGACGUGGGGGCAGAGUUACUAAGCAUCGCCAAGAUGCGCGUGUGACGUGCAUUAUUUAGGGCAAGGACACAGGGAAGAUUUUGUGGAAAAGUUAGGUCGUGCGUGUUUCAAGGCUGAUUUCUCCUCUGUUUGGCCUCCUAACUCAUCUUGUUUUUUGUCCUUGAUAUAAGUCAGUUAGUCUUCAGUUCUUCUGUCGAUAGAAUUUGUAUUGAUCUGGACUUUAACUACGGUCAUUGGACAAGUGUUUUAUUACAGCACAUUUCGGGAACUGUUAUAACCAGUGUGAUAUUCAAGAAAAAUUCAGUGUGAUAUUCAAGAAAAAUUCUUCCAGUUGUGUGUUGAUGUGUUACAGUGUCAUUACAGUGUCAUUACAGUGUUGCUCUUUGACGAAUUGCAUCUUUGUGCAAAUUUGCCAAAGUUUUCCGUGCAGUGAAAUAACGCAAAUAGUUCAAAAAGCAAACUUAUGUUACAUUCCUCACCAAACGUGUCGUCUGCUACCGAAACGAAACGCAGGGUAGGCCCAUUGUAGAUGAGUGCUGAAGUUGUGCUAGACGAAAGAACCCGCUUCCCUUGGAAUUCGUAGCCUUCUCUGUUUCUUUAAAGCUGCCGCUUCAUAUCGAUGAUGAGAGAUAAAAAUGGCUUCCGGAAACUGCCA